AUGUCGGACUAUUUCCCUCAGUCAGAUAUUCAAGUGGCCUUAGCUGCUUUGAUAACUAUUCAGGAGUCCUUUCAGCAAAUAAGCCGAGUAAUAUCAGAACAGAGAAGGCGAGUUAAUUACCUACAUCAAUUGUUGGAUGCUCCAAUUCGUCGUAGGCGAACCAGACAGCUAUGGAUAAGACCCGGGAGAACCAGUCUAUGGUGGGACAACUUUGUUCAAGGCGAAGUUGACGACAGAGCAUGGCGAGAAAACUUUCGCAUGUCGAAAGAUUUGCUUGUCGCCUUGAGUGAGGAACUUCGCCCAUACAUAGAGGGCGAAAUAACUAAUAUGAGAGCACCUGUGGGGGUCCUGAAAAAGGUAGCGUGCACAUUAUAUUAUUUAAGUGACGAGGGACGUCUAAGGAAGACAGCGAACGCCUUCGGUUUAUCACGUCCGACUGUGUCUGUCAUCAUAAGACAAACGUGCAAAGCCAUAACGGUCCACCUCGGCCCGAAAUAUAUCCAGUUGCCUUUUACUGUGCCCGAGACAGAGGAACUCGUAUCCGGAUUUCUGAGAGAUCAUGGAAUGCCCCAAUGUUUGGGAGCGGUAGACGGGACACACAUUGAGAUUAAACAGCCAGCCGUCAACGCCAUGGACUACAUAAACAGGAAACACAGGUUCUCCCUGAACGUCCAAGCUGUGUGCGACCACAAAUACAGAUUCAUGGAUGUGGUCAUUCAAUGGCCUGGAAGUGUUCACGAUGCGCGUGUCUUCGCCAAUUCCAAAGUGAACAUGUACCUCAAGACUGGGAAGAUACCUUCGCUUGAAAGGCAGAUAGUGGAGGAAGAGGAGCCCAUACCUAUCUUUCUCUUGGGGGACCCUGCUUACCCCCUUCUCCCUUACCUUAUGAAAGAGUACUCAGGUGGAGGCUCUACCCCAUCAGAAAAAUACUUUGGACUCAGUUUGUGUAGGGCCCGUAUGGUAAUCGAAUGCUCAUUUGGUCGGCUCAAGGCCAGGUUUGCAGCCCUGAGGCGUCCCAUGGACAUAAACCUCCGCGAUCUGCCUAAUGUAAUUUAUGCCUGCUUUGUCCUCCACAACUACUGUGAGGCCUGUAACAACACUGUGGAUCACCAAGUUGAGCAGGAAGCCAUACAGUGUGACAGGGAUCUGCAGCCUCCCACCCAGGCAAACACAUAUCUGACUGACAGUAAUGAGGUGAGAGGAAAGAGAGUGAGGAGAAUCCUCACGAAAUACCUUGACCCUUAA